GAUGAGCAGAGUGCAGCAGCCUAGAGGGUGAAUGGGUCCAGUGGGGUCCUGGGAAGGGGCAAAUGCUGCGGCUAAACAGGGGGCGGCAGUCUAGGAAAGAGGGAAGAAGUGAGGCCAUCCAGAGAAGCGAGAGGCUUAGUCUUGGGGAAGAAAAGUGGAGAAUAAAGUGGAAAGGUGGCCAGGGUGGGUAGGUCGUAGAAGCCGGGAGCGGAUCCCCACGCAGCACCGGGACUCCGAGGACGCUGUGCCCGGAGGCCAGUUUCCCCUCCCGCAGCCCCUCCCCCUCUCCGCCCCUAGAGCUGCGGAGCGGCGACUGGAGCGCCGGGCUGGCGAUGUCGCGGGCCGCGGGCGCGCGGGGCCGGGCUGCACGAUGCGGGCGCUGGCGGCGGGGCGCGCUCCUCGCCUUCGCCGCGUGGACCGCCGGCUGGGUGCUGGCGGCCGCGCUGCUGCUCCGCGCGCACCCGAGCGUCCUCUCGGAGCGCUGCACCGACGAGAAGAGCCGGCGCAUCCUGGCCGCGCUGUGCCAGGACUACCGGGGCGGCUGGCUCACCGGUGCGCUGUGCGAGGACCUGUGCGUGGCCGGGGAACUGCUGUACCAACGCUGCCUGUACUACGAGCGUGGCAAGAAAGUGCUGCAGGCUCAGUGGAGAGGCCGAACUGUGGUCCUUAAAUCCAAGAGGGAGUCUUUCUCCAGCUUCCCACCGCUCAACCUGCUGGGGGAAGAAGCGGGGCCAGGUGCUCCUGGCAUCCCCGACGCUGAGCUGCUCCUGAUGGUGGCUGGCGAAGUGAAGAACACACUAGGUUUGGAGCUGCCCAACAACAGCAUAGUUCCUCUGUGGCCCGCCAGGCAGGGCCCUCGCUGGCGGCAACAGCUAGCCAGUGCGUGGUCGCUGCUCCAGCAAGAGGAAUACGUGUACUUCAGCCUGCUGCCAGAUCUGAGCCGCCACAUCCUACCGGUCCUGGGUUCCUGUGGCCACUUUUACGCAGUGGAGUACUUGGCUGCCGGUAGCCCUCACCACAGGGCUCUCUUCCCGCUGGGUGAAGCUGGCCAGGCACAGGCUAUUAGCCACAUCGCUCUCAGCUUCCUGGAUAUGGUGCGCCAUUUCGACAGUGACUUCUCCCACCGCCUCCACCUCUGUGAUGUCAAGCCCGAAAACUUUGCCAUCAAGAGGGACUUCACGGUGGUAGCUAUCGAUGUGGACAUGGCAUUCUUUGAGCCUAAGAUGAGGGAAAUCCUCGAGCAGAACUGCACGGGAGACGAAGACUGUAACUUCUUUGACUGUUUCUCCAAGUGUGAUUUGAGAGUGAACAGGUGUGGCGCCCAGCGUGUGAACAGCAACCUGCAGGUCAUCUGUGACAAAAUAUUUCGACGCUGGUUCUCCUCAACUCACAGGAGCCCUGCCAUCUCCCCCCAGCUUCGGCUGCAGCUACAGCAGGCUGUUCAGGAGUGUGCUCACCAAGGGGGUCCCUCUGGGAACUCCAGGACUGCAUCCUCCGGCGUGUUCUGGAAGCUUCGGUGGCUCCUGCAGGCCACUCUGAGAGAGCUGCAGGAGGUGGAGAAGUAGCUGCUUUAUUGCCUUAGUCAUCAAGAGUGGACGAAGGAAGUGACCUUCAAGUGAUGGCUUCUGUUGUUGCAAUGCAAAUGCUGUCUGCGCCAUUGAUGGUUCUUCUAGAGAGUGCAACCGAUUUUCCCUUCUGCCACUGUGGUGUGGACCACCCUUGCUCCUGCCUAGCUUGGUUCGACUUUAUUUGGUGCUGACUUCUAUCCUGUCUGCUCCCUCAGAAGUGAGCCAAGGGAGGAGGAGUUUUGGAGUAUUUGACCUGUGCAGUUGCAGUGUGCAAUUUUCUGAUGAGCGCAACCAUACCUUGCCAUUGGAGACAAAAGGCAGCUGAUCCCUGCUGGCCAUUAGCAAGCUAAAGUGUGAGUGUGGGCAUACAGAUGAGUGUGUUUGCAAAUAAGUGUGUGUAUAUGUGCACCCAUGAGUAUGUGAACGUGUUUGUAUAAGUGAAUGUGCACUAUGUAUAUAUGAGUAUGUUAAUGUGUGCAAACACAUGUGGGUUUGUGUGUACAUGAGUGGAUGGCACACAUAGUGUCACAAAUAAUGUGUAUAAACAGUGCACACAUGCAUGCAAUGCACACUCAUGCACAUGCACACACACACACACACACACACCUUACCACUGUCUUCCCUUUCCUGACAUGUGAAGAUGAAGUCUGUGCCAAGCACAGAGGCUGAUGAAGCUGGAGGUGAUUUUCGUUUGAAAACUGUAUCUCAGGUGGGUGUGGUGGUGUGCAGCUGUGAUCUUCUUACUUAGGGAGACUGCAGAUUUGAGGCCAGAGUGAGCUUCAUGGUGAGUGUGAAGCCAGUUCUGUACAGUGAGUUCCGGACUAGCUGAGCUACAGAUUCAAACUGUGUCUUAACUGGUACUCCUGUCAGGGCUAAACUGCCGAUUGUAAGGCAUGAGGAUGUAAAGGUAUGGCUUUUGCUAGUCCAUACAAAAAAACACACAAACCAAACCCCAACAGAACCAAGUUUCCUCUGGAGAUUCUCUGCUGACGAGGAAGUGGCGUGAAGACGCCUUCAUUGUACCAAUGUGUCUGUCUCUUCGGUGGAUCUCACGUGCCUAGACUGCACCCAUUUCCCGUCGGGCUACCUUUGCUCUGUGAGAAUAAUCACCAGUGAUGGCUGUCUGAGUUGUCAAUGCUGUCAACAUCCGGAAUUAACUAAAACCCAAGUGGCUGGGUACACCUGUGAGAGAUUUUUCCUAAUUAAAUCAUUUGAAAUGCAGAAACCCACCUUUGUUCUAGAUCCUCUGAGGUGGGAAGAUGCACAGUUAAUCUGGCCCUUGCUUUCUGUAGGAUGUCCCAUUUUGUCCACCGCUGACUCUGGUCUCAGCUGCAGGUGUGCUGGAGUUUCCAUUGGCUAAAGAGAUCCCGGAGAGUAUGUGUGGCUACAGUUGCCGUUGGGUGAUGCAGAUCUACUCUCCCACCACCAGCACCCAGCACAUAUGGAGGGUAGACAAUGAGAGGUCACUGUCUGAGUCCCAGACACCCUCUUCCUGAGGAUGCCCAGUGUGCAUUGAGGUUAGACAGGUGGAGGUCACUGGGUCCCAGACACCCUCUUCCUGAGGAUGCCCAGUGUGCAUUGAGGUUAGACAGGUGGAGGUCACUGGGUCCCAGACACCCUCUUCCUGAGGAUGCCCAGUGUGCAUUGAGGGUAGACAAGUACGGAUAUCUUUUCCUCUCGGAAAACUUGCCCUUCUCAUCACAAUGAUUAAAAAUGUUGCUUUUCCUUGCCUCCUCACCAAGACCACAAAUUAUUAGCUGAUCUUGUUAUCUAUUAGGUAAGGUAAACUCAGGUCUCUAGUUUUUGUUGCAGGAUAUUUGACCACACCGUGAACCCCAAGACUGAAUUAAUUAAAUAAAAUCAACUUUGGGUCAAGAGGUAGAGCCAGCAACUAGCUGACAGGAUGUAGCCAUAGAGAGUUAGAGAGAGUCUGGAAAACAGACAGAGAAAUACACAGGAUGCAGUGAGGAGGGACUUUGAGUUUGGCACUCGUUUUUGGUUUGGGAUGGUGGAAGGGAACCUCUCUUUCUGAGAUGCCAGCUAAGAAGGAAAGUCAGCUGGUUGCUCCUCUGCCUCUCUGAGCUAGCAGGUUUUCACCCCAGCAUCUGUCUCCCAGGUCUUUAUUGGGAACAGUGUAAGACUGAGAUUUAGUUUAAACAUGUUUUCUUUCCUACAGCGCUGCUGGACCCAAACUCUCAUAUAACUGUGUCAUUUCUUGUGGUUACCAUACCACACAUAUACUUCACCCAUUUUUCAUGGAGUUGUCUGUCUGUCUGUCUGCCCCACCGCAUGUGUGGUUACUAUAUCAUGCAUUCACUUUGACCAUUUUUCAUGGAGUUGUCUGUCUGUCUGUCUGACCCCCCCCCAUGUGUGUAUGCUUAUGUGUGUCUGUGUUCUCAUGUCAAGGCCAGAAAAGUUGACAGUAGGUAUUGCUAUUGCAUUAGGUAUUGCUUCUUCGUUUUCCUCCUCCUCUUCUUACUCCUCUUCUUCAUCUCUUCUUUUUUUCUAGAGAGGUAAAAAUUUAUUGAUUUCUAUGACAUAUAGUUGACUUCUCAACGCAAAAGAUGAUUUGGUGUUUUCCAUCUCAAUUGUUUCUUCUCAUUGUUUUUGAGGCAGGGUCUCUUACUGAAUCUUGAACUCACUGAUUCAGCUGAACUGGCUGACCUGUGAGCUUCAGGGUUCCUUAUUCCUUUCCCACAUCCCCAGGGCCAGAGUUACAAGCAUGCAUGGCCAUGCCUGGUCUUUAUUAGUUGGUAGCAAUAGAACCCAUGUCCUUAGGCAUAUACAGCAAUAAGUUUAUCAGCUGAGCAAUCUCCCCAGUACUCCUGAGAUCGCCUUUACUAAAGACUAAAUAGUAUAGUUUGUAUUCUGCAGCUACUUUCUUGUGCUUCGCCUUUUGAAUAACUUCUGGCCACCUGCUGUCAGCGAGGAAGUGGACAUGGAUGAAGUGUCUACUCUCAGCUAAAACAAAAACAUAAACAAAACCCAGCUACUUUUUAUUUCCACUAUCUAGUGACUGUUGACCUUCAGGGAACAGCGCUGUCUGCCCAUUUCCCCAACCUAAGAUGACGAUGGUGUGUAGAGGAGAUCUUGUGUUGGCGUGUAGUCUCAGAGGUUCUGCCUCAUCCAGGCUUGGUGGUUCUGGAUGCCUGUUGGGAGUCAGCACAUUGAGCACAUCAUGGGGUGGGAGGGAGCACCUGUGUGAGGGUCAGGAUGCCAGAGGGGAGGGGAGGGAAAGGACAGAGCGAUGGAAGGAAAGGAGAGAGGAAAAGAAGGUUUCCAUAUAUCCUUCAAGGGUAUGUGCUCAGUGCCCUUUCCCCCCAACUGGUUCUACCCGUGGGCAUUUUCACCUCCUCUCAAUAGCACCAUCAGCUGAGAACUAAGCCUCUAACACAAGAGCUUUUGGGGAACAUUCCAGAUCUAAGACAUCAACCUUUGAUGACUUCUUUUUGAAAUGGUGUAAUAAAGGGCCCUCUGCCUCCUAGGCUGUGCCCUUGCCUUGCUUGUCUGGUUUUCAGUUUUUGGGUAAGCGAACACAUUCUAAACAAUUGUCCCACCCUUUGCACUUAAAGCCCACAUGGAAGACAUUUUAUAGCUGACACUGACCUGGGCCCAGCUCCUUGUACUGUUCAGGGGUUGUGUCUUUUACUCUAACAAAUUGCUGAAGCUAAGCUUCACUGAAAACACUACAGAAGAGCUGGCCAGAUGGCUCAGCUGGUAAAGGCACAUGCUACCAGUUUGCUCACCCGCUUUGCUCCCUGGGACCAGCGAAAACUUGUUCCUCAGGUGGAAACCCAUUCAAACGGCAAACCACUUUGAAACAAGGUGAAGGUGGGAUUGAAGUAUUUCACCUGAAAGCCUCUCAAUGUGAGUUUUGUUUUUUUGUUUUGUUUUGUUUUGUUUUGUUUGUUUGUUUGUUUUGUUGGUGGGUUUUAUAUCCAGAAAUAAAGCUACUCACCUUGACUUUUCAUGAAAAUUGUAGCUUCUUAUGGGGUUUGGAGAGAUGCCACCGCACUUAAGAGCACUUGCUGCUCUUGCAAAGGAGUCUGGCUAAGUCCUCAGCUCCCACAUGGCUGCUCAAAACCACCUAUAACUGCAGUUCUAGGGGACAUGAUACUCUCUUCUGGACUCCAUAGUCACUGAACAACACCCAGUGCACAUACAUACAUGAAGAAAACACUGCACAUAAAAUAAAAAUGAAUAAAAAUCUUUUAAAAAAUAGCCUAUACAUGCACUUUUAAUUUUAAUUGUGUGUGUGUGUGUGUGUGUGUGUGUGAUAGCCCACAUGUGGUGUAACUUACCAUAAUAGAGGAUAACUUGUAAGAGUGAGUUCUCUCCUUCCACCAUGGUUUCCAGGGAUCAUAGGCAAAUGGGCAGGCUUGGUUGUGUCAGGUCUAAGAAAACUCCAUUUCCCCAAAUUCCGUCAGUUGAACAACAGCCAGCAUCCUCUGCAAGUUGUGAAGUUGGUCCCCCUCUGCCCAAGAAGCCAUUUCCCUUAUCAUGGCAGAAGAGAUAAUUACAACAUUAAAGUGCAUGGUGGCCUCCAGGCUCCUUCAGCAUCACAAGUACCUGUUACACAUUUUGGAGUCAGUGCUGGCAUCCUAGCUCUUCUUGAGUUUUCUUGCUUCCCCCUACCCUAAGCUCCCCGCAGAUCAGGAGAUUUCCUUCCCACAACUUCACUUUCUCCUUAUAACCCUGCAAUUUCCUCUGUGUGCUUCCUCUUGACUUCCUCUGCUGUGGGACAGUGGUCUUGUACACUGUAAAGAUUUGUCACUUGAAUUGCUUUAAUAAAAUGCUGAUUGGCAAGUAGCCAGGCAGGAAGUAUAGGUGGGGUGACCAGAACAGAAGAAUUCUGGGAAGAGGAAAGGCUCAGUCUGCAGUCGUCACCCAGACACAGAGGUAGCAAGAUGAGAAUGUAUUGCUGACACAGACAAGAAUUAUCUGUUAAUGUAAGUUAUAAGAGUUAAUAAGAAGCCUGAGCUAAUAGACCAACCAGUUUAUAAUUAAUGCAGACCUCUGUGUGAUUCUUUGGGACUGAAUGGCUGUGGGACCAGACAGGACUGAAACCUCGGUCAACAUUCCUCUCUUGGUCCUCUCUUGGUCUUGGUCUCUCACCCCUUCCCCAUCUGCCUCUACUCUGCCUGUCUCCUGGCCAGGUCCAGUCUGCUGGAAAUGCUCAGUCUACUACUUUCUCUUUCUGCUCUGGACUCUUUCAGAUGUCCCUGCCUGAUCUCUCCCUCAUAUCUACAAUAAAACCCUUCCCCUUAGCUCUACCUUGGAACAGUCCUGUAGACAGUUUACAUGGGUAGCAAAUGCCUUUACCAGCUGAGCCACCUUUCUAGCUUUUUGGUAGCAUUUCU